AUGACCGCGCUGCACGAGGCGCACGACAUUGGCCUCCACAUCACCGGCUCCAUCCGCCUGAUUGAAAAGGGCAACCCGGACCGGCUCACAGAGGCCAAGCAGCACGUGGCGAUGGCGGCGCUGUACGACGACCCCGGCCUGCCGACGACGCUAAUCACGCCCGAGGAGGUUGCCGCUCUGCACCCGCUCGUCGACACCUCCGGCGUCGAUGCUGGCGUCUUCACGCCGCGGGACGGCGAUGUCGACCCGACGCUCCUCACCACCUGCGUCGCCGGCCUGGCAAAGGCUGACGGUGCGGAGUUCGUCCACAACGCAGAGGUGGAGACGAUCGAGCGGCGGAGCGACGGCACGUUUGAGGCGCGCCGCCGCGCCCUCCGCCCUCCUUCUCCUCUUCUCUCUCCGCACCCCGCGCCGCCUCUCGCGCCCGCGCCGCGCCUCACCUCGCGCCCGCCCUCCUCCGACCCGCGCCCGGCGGCGCGUCAGGUGCGUACGGGCGCCGGCGCGGUGUUCGAGGCGGACGCGGUCGUGAAUGCCGCCGGGCUCUGGUCGCGCCGCUUCUCGCGCCAGCUGGGCCUCGAGCAGACGCACCCCGCGUCUGUGGUCGAGCACCGGCACCCCGCGUUUGUGAUCGAGCACCAGUACGCCAUCACCGAGACCAUCCCUGCGCUCAAGGGGAAGGAGCGCGACGGGCUGCUCGUCGGCCCAUAUGAAGGCCUCCUCUCUCCGGGCGAGCGGGGAGGAGGGGCCGGCCGCUCUGCGCGCCGCGCCAAGCGAUACACGCGCGCGAGGCACGUUGGGCAUAGGCGAGCAGGCAGAGGCGAGCAGACAAAGGUGCGGACCGAGUGGGCCGAGGGGCCGCCCUCGCACUUCGCCUUCGACCUCUUCCCGCCAUCCCUCGACCGGCUCGAGGGCUGCUUGCUCUCGGCCAUGUCGGUCGUGCCCGCACUCGGCGAGGUCGGCUUCAAGUCCAUCGUCAACGGGCCAACCAUCUGGACGGGCGACUCGCUCGCGCGCUUCUCGAACGCGGGCGUGGAGUUGCGCGUGCGCUCGGGCGCCUCCGACGCCGCGUCGCGCCUACUUGAGCGCGUGACGACAAACAGCCUGCCCAAGCGUGCGGGCCGCACCCGCCUCACCUACGCCCCAACCUCCGCCGGCAACAUCCUCGCCGAGUUCACCGUCACGCGGACCGGCACCGACGGCAACGGCAGCCACGACUUUUACCUGUGCGCGUCGCGCGACUACGCGCGGCACGACCUGGCGGCGGGGCUCGUCGAGGCUGGCGCUGUCGAGCUCGUCGACUGCACCGACGAGGUCGAGAUCCUGCACGUCGCGGGCCCGUCGGCGCAGGCGCUCACGCCUGAUGCGCUCAUGCACGCGCUCUGCCCGGAGGCGGCCUCGGUGCCCUUCCUGCAGAUGCGCAACUUGCGCGUCUGCGGCGUGGAGGCGGCCGUCUUCCGCAUCUCCUUCACCGGCGAGGCAGGACACUUCACCGGCGAGGCGGGGUACGAGCUGCACGCGGGGUACGAGCUGCACGUGUCCGCCGAGGACGCGGCGCCCCUCUUCGACCAGAUCCUGCGCAGCGACAAGGCGCGCGCACUCGGAUGCCGCCCCUUUGGCUCCGCGGCGGUCAACGCGCUCCGCGUCGAGAAGGGUUUCAAGGUCAAAGCAGACCUCGACUUUGCGCACUGGAGCGAGGCGCGCGUCGACGCCUUUCUCAUCACUGGUAGUGGCAGUGCGGGCGUCGACGCUUUCAUCCCCGACGCGCGCAAGCACGAGGCGCACGCCUGGUCCGUGCUCGGCGACAGCCCCAUCCGCGACGCGACCGGCCGCGUGGUCGGCUUCACGACGACCAGCGCGCGCGGCGCCAUCACCGGCCGCACCAUCGCGCUGGGGUACGUCAAGCGAGGCGAGAGCGGCGCGCCACUCGCGCUCGCGGGCGACGGAGGCCUCACGCUGGAGAGCCUCGGCCAGAUCUGGCCGGUCGAGCUGCUCUCUCGCCCGCCCGUCGAGGUCGGAGGGAAGCCGAGGCCCGCCGAGGCCGAGCCGAUCGCGGCCAGCGGCUGA